AUGAGGAUGGUGGUGGGCGUGAUGGUCCUUGGUCAGCUACUGACGAGGAUCCUGCUCGCCGCCCACGCUGGGGAUCGGCUCGCGGCGGCUCGCAGGAUACUGAGGGACGUGCCACUGAUAGAUGGGCACAACGAUCUCCCGUGGAACAUACGCAAGUUCCUGAAGAAUCAGCUCAGGGAAUUCCGGUUUGAUGACCUGCGGGACACCCAGCCGUGGGCGAGGAGCGCGUGGAGCCACACGGACCUCAGAAGAUUAAAGGAGGGCAUGGUUGCAGCCCAGGAGCUUCUAGGUCUGCUUGAAGAGUUGUACCAAGGACUCAUGGGAUUCCCUGGAAAGGCUCCUCAAAGGACGCUUAAUAGUCCCUUGAUGGAACCGCUACACCUACUGAUGUCUCUUAAAGGCUACAAAUGCCCAGUCAAGCGUCGUAUAGAGAGAGCGCACAAGGAGGGUAGAUUAGCGAGCCUGAUAGGGGUCGAGGGUGGCCACGCAGUCGGAGCGAGCCUGGCAGUUCUGAGGAUGUUGUACGAGUUGGGGGCCAGAUAUCUCACCCUCACGCACACGUGUAAUACGCCUUGGGCAGAAUGCAGCACAGUGGAUGAACCCGGUCAAGUGGCUCGCAUCGGUGGUCUCUCGAAUUUUGGCAAGAGUAUCAUCCUCGAGAUGAAUCGGCUCGGAAUGAUGGUCGACCUUUCGCACGUCUCCGUGCCCACGAUGCUGGUCGCCAUGAGAACCUCCAAGGCGCCGGUCAUCUUCAGCCACAGCAGCGCUCACGCCCUAUGCAAUUCCUCGCGAAACGUCCCUGACCAUGCACUGCGACGUUUGGCGCAGAUCAAUGGCAUAGUUAUGGUAUCUUUCUACCCCCAUUUUAUCAGCUGCGGCGAGAAAUCGACGCUGGAGGAUGUGGCCGCGCACAUCGAUCACGUAAGGAAGAUCGCGGGGAUCGACCACGUCGGGAUCGGAGCCGGCUACGACGGAAUCAAUCUGACACCGACCGGCCUGGAGGACGUCAGCAAGUACCCGGAACUGUUCGCGGAAUUGUUGGCGAGGGGCUGGUCGGAGAAGGACAUCCAAAAGCUGGCGGGGCUCAAUCUAAUUCGUGUCUUCAAGGCGGUGGAAGAGGUUCGUGACAAAAUGGCCGCGGAGGGGAUCGAGCCGAUUGAAGAGGAAAUUCCGCACGAGGACAUCAUCGGCCGAGAUUACUGCCGCUACAACGUGAAGCGGCUGAUGGCUCCAUAGAACUACUCCGGUCUAUAGAACCAACGAAGAAAGGCCGGCAGA